GAGAGGUUAGGAGAAAAAUUGGACAUGACAAGGGUGUCCGCCCGGCGCCGAGCCGCAAGCAACAAUAAGUCAAUAUCAAGCAUAAGUAUAGCUUGAGUACGUUGGGCUGUGUUGUACGCACACAGGCUACAGCUACUUGUUAAAUUCUCUUCACUCUCCUACGUCUCAUAUUCCCUCUUACCUAUCGUCUAACCCACCCGACCAAAAUGCCCUCUCUGUCGGCUUUGAUCAAGGUUUUUUUCAAGGAUUUGGAUCUCCUAAAAGGAAUCGCAGUUCGUUCGAGGUGCCCCGCAACUUGCAGUGGCGAUUCCUUUGCCCGUACACCUUCUGACAUGGCUCAGAUAAUUUCGCCUAUCGUCCAGGCCACAAUUGCAGGUGCAAUUCCGGUUGCUGGUCCUCCGAUACAAGCUACUAUCAGUGGAUUAUUGUCAAUCCUUCAAGCCAUAUACAUACGUAGUCAGAAUAAGGCAGACAUAGAUCGCCUAAGGGCACAACUUCAACGACUAAGCUCACAUCUGUGCAACGCCCCAACCGCCCAAGAUCCCUUCGAACAGCACCGAAGGGACGCCAUGAUUAGGAUGCUGCAAGACAUAUAUGCCAAAGUAACACGGUUGUACAACCAUGGUCUUGCAUAUACAUCUGUUACGCAAGCUAUCAUUGAAUGCUCCAGCGAAAUCGACCAUUAUUUUGCGGAUUAUUCAUGGUCAUCUCAAAUGCAAAGUGAACACGAAAUCUUGAUGCGAUUUGGGAGCGUGUUCUUCCCUGUGCAGUCCCCUGUGGGGCCGAUCGUCACACUUGGCUUUGUUACACUUGUAGACGCAACGGGCCGCUUGCAUCCAAUACCGAUGGACGUCUGCGACUCGUUUGAGCGAUUCAAUGAGCAGCUCCAGCUUUUAUUCAAACACAACUCGACCCAAGCUCAAAUUCAGAGACGGUAUAUGAAGCAAAGACAAUACGAUUUGUGCAUUGAUGACGACAAGCAAGUAACACAACUCGCAAGUCGUAGAUGGCCAAGCAUUCAAGCAGGCACGACGAUCGUCAUGAGGGUCAUCUUUCAACAGAAGACACGUCUUGGAGUUGAAUAUACAUGCCAUUUUUGCGGCGCUGUUAAUCACAUUAGCCGCCCCAAGAAUUUGCUUCAACGCCAAGCUGGUUGCUCUAUCGAUUGUCGAGUAUGCAAACGACGAUUCCAGAUUUCUCAGCAAGAUUGCGCCACACAACCCUCAAUUGACUCCGUUCCCAGAACUGAAGAAAUGAGCCUUAUUCGCAACUUCCACGUCCAGAAGACGUGGGUCUGUAGAUUACGCCGCCUACCAAAGGCCGAUGCUCUCCCGCAUCCCGCUCUCAGACAGAUGUAUACGAGUUCGAAGGGGAGCAAUGAACGAGACAAGAGCAAGACAACGCGCUGGUCUCUGUUGAAGUGAGGGAACAUGUUCUGCCCGUCCUGUUGCCGUUUUUUGUUGUUGUGUAUCAUUGAAACUAAGGAUGUCCACACACCUUUAUGUAUUUCCGGAGUCCACGAGACGACGUUUCAUUUAGAAUCGAUGAAG